CUAACCGCGAGUGUAUCAGUGUGUGAUAGUUAGAAAUAAGUGACCGUAGUGAAAUGUUUUACUGUUCUCACACUCAUUAUUUUCGCCCAACUCAUGUAAUUCAUCGGAUUAUUUCGAGUUGUGUGCGGCGUCGGCGCAGAUGUGGCGUACCAUCGACACAUCAUGGGGUUUUACGUUACGUGAGGAUAAUUCAACAUGCGUAUACCAGCAGCAUCCGGUUUGAUCUUCUUCCUGGAGAUUACGUGGGCCAUCACCCUGUUUGUGCAGAUUUGUGUCAGGAACGAUGAGUCUCUCUGUUCCUACUGCUGGUCGGGUGUCCUGGCGAUAACGAUGGGUUGGCGAAGAGCAUUGUUUUAUCUGCCGCUAUCCUGCAUUUUGGCAUGGAAACCGCACAGUCUUUGGUUGUCAUACGUUGCGGCCGGACUUUUGGCAGUGCUAUCCCUGCUGCAUAUUGCAGCCAGUGCUUUAGGAAGUCACGGUGCCUGCCAGAUAAGCAACGCCACGGAUUCGGUAGGCGAGAGCCUCCUAAAUACAAGGCCAGAGAAUUACGAUCGUUUCGAAGAAGUUUUGGUGACGGAAGUCCUGGAUGAUGGCGUGUCGGGACCAACGGGACGAACGGGAGACAGCGACGGGGAAAUAUGACACGAACGUCAGCCCUCGUGGGCUAGCGAAUCGGACGAGGACAGUGAACCCGAACAAAGGACAUGUCAGAUAGCAACGUUAUCUUAGUCCUUGAUACUGGAUAGAAGAAACGCUGGUUUCGGUGUUUUGCGAGCAGUGCUAGAAUUCGGGCUCCUUCCGUAUCGUACAAAGGGGUCUCUGCUUCUAAGCGGAAACGCAAUAAUGCUGGAACAACUCCACCGUUUGGAAAGCUUGCUGGAGGUCGCGAGGACGGUGAACUUUUCGAAAGAAGUUCGUGUCGGCGAGGCUCGCGUUUCAAAACGGAACAGUGGCGCGUCUCGUAAAAGAUUCAUUUAGAAUGAAAGGUAGAUCCCGGAAUCGCGUGAAAUUAACCCCUAUCGGACGAUAGUAUUUUAUUAUUCGGUGACUAUCACUUAAAAU